UUAAGUCAAUCCUAAAAUCACAAUACCCGACCACAAGGUCUUUUUUUUCUCUGUGGCGGCAUCAUUGGCAAUGGUUAAAAGUUAAAACUUCAACACACAGAAUCCAGAUUCGUCGAGAAAGAGAAAAGAGAAAAGAAGAAUGGGCGAUUACCAUUUCGUGUACAAGGAUUUAGAAGGGGCUUCUACUCAAUGGGACGAUAUUCAAAGAAAGCUCGGAAAUUUGCCUCCAAAGGCACCCGCUUUCAAGCCCCCACCUUUCACCCCUGCCUCUGAUGAUCAACCCAAAGACAAAACAUGGAUCGAUUCCAAAACCUCCGAGGAACUCGAAGACCUCGAAGACAACCUCGAUGAUGAUCGCUUCCUCCAAGAAUACAGGAAGAAGAGGCUGGCUGAGAUGCAAGAGGCAGCAAAAGUAUUGAGGUUUGGAUCUGUGAUUCCCAUUUCGGGAUCUGAUUUCGUUCGAGAGGUGUCACAAGCUCCAUCUGAUGUUUGGGUGGUUGUCAUCCUAUACAAAGAAGGGAUUCCUGAAUGUGGGUUGUUGAUGCAAAGCAUUGAAGAAUUGGCACUAAGAUAUCCUUCAACAAAAUUUGUGAAGAUAAUAUCUACUGAUUGCAUACCGAACUACCCGGAUCGGAAUCUUCCCACUUUGUUGGUGUACAACAAUGGAGCAGUCAAAGGAAAUUAUGUGGGUUUGCAUAGUUUCGGGCGAAGAUGCACUCCUGAAGCUAAUGGUAUAAAUACAUUCUGUGAGGCAGCUAAGGGAAAAUUUCGGUAGAAUGUCUUGACAGAGAAUGGAAAGUGCUUAUCUGCAAGUCUGCGACGCAGCUCACUGAGCUCCAUUUGGAUGUUCCUUCUCUGCGUUCUCUCUGCAUUUGAUGUGAAUUCAUGCUAGUUCUUUUCUCUCCAUCUGCUUGCCAUUGAGAAAUGAAAAGGGAAAGAAGCAUCUCCUGUCUGUUUCUGUUUUUUAGUUUUUAAAACAUUUGGUAUGGAAUUUGGAAAAUAAGUGUCAAAGCUUAAGUGACUUUAGAUGAUAAAUUGAUUGAUAGGUUAAGUAGAAUUGUUUCAAAACACAGUUUGUUAAAUAAAAAAAUAAAAACUGAGAAGAGAAGCAAACAUACCCUAAGUUUUUCUUUUCUUUGUUUGUAAUUGUAUGAAAGAACUUUACCAAUAUGGUAAUGGCUAGUGAUCAAGAUCAAUUUAGAGAUGGAGACAUGUCUGUUUCCUUAUUUCUUGAUUAAA